AUGACAGUCGAAGCAAAAACGUUCACGAACAAAUCUAAUGGCGAAACAUUCACAAAAGGCACUUACAACGGUAUUGAAGUCUUACGUAGAGACAAGGAUGGUUAUAUAAAUGCAACAAAGAUGUGUCAGCAGUUUAGGAAAGACUUUAGAAGGUUGUUGGAAAAUAAGUCCUGGGAAGAGUAUUUUGAGGCAUUUUGUGAAGAAUAUACCAACCCGCGGAAUUCCGCGGGUUGCUUUUUAUACACAGUUCAUGCAGGAAUUCCCGAUGAAAUCAAACAGGUUAGAGGAACGUAUGUAGACCCAAGACUUGUAAACUAUAUAGCAAUGUGGGCUUCUCCAAAAUAUUGUAUAGCAGUUGGAAAAAUUUUGGACUCCAUAGACAAGAAAGUUCAUGAGAAAUUAGAUGAAGAAGAACUUGAAGAUACAGUAGAGAAUGCUAAACCUUUGUUCGAAGAAGAA